AUGCAACCUAAAAGUUCAUUAUCUUCAGAUAGUAAAUCAUCAUAUAUUUGGGCAACUAUUACAGGACUCCUAAGCUCAAGUUGUUGUAUAAUACAGCUAAUCCUCAACUUUUUUUCGAUCGGUUGUGCAGGAUUCAGUGUUUUAACACCAUAUCGUCCAAUCUUUCUAUCUUUUACCGCAAUUUUAAUCAUAUAUACAAUAACUAAAUAUGGAAUCAGUUCAAAGCGAACCUUGAUAACUUUGCUAAUAUCAAUAUCAUUAACUGCUUCACCAGAAUUAAUUUCUUUACAUAAUCAAGGAAAGAUAAUCUCUUCGACCAAUUCAAAAGAAAUCUUGGUAAGAGAAAUAGAAACGUUUGUUGUUGAAAUAAAUGGAAUAAGCUGCGAAGGAUGUGCUAAUAGAAUAAAAGCUCAAUUUGAUUCCAAACCCUUUGUCAUUGAUUCAAAAGUUUACUUUAAGAAUCAAUCAGCGAUAGUUAGCGUUAAAAGUGGAACUUAUAAUUCAAAUGAUAUUGAAACCUGGGUGAAAAUGGUGGAUUUCAAGUAUGGAGCAAAAGUUAUUCAACAAUAUAUCAAAACAGUUGAGGAGGAAUAA